UAAUUUUUUUAUUUUUAAUCUUUUGUUCCAAAGUUUGCAGCACAUCUAUAAAAAACCGCAACGAAUUACCCUCAGCCUCGACGUUGGACAAAAAAGCAAUCGCAGAACUAAUAAACGAUGACGAAGCUCAAGAAAAAUGGGGAUAUAUUUUGAAACGAAAUAUUUUAUACAACGAUAAAUACCGUGCUCUGAAAGAUUAUAUCGGCGAAAUAAAAGACUUUAAUGUCCACAACAUAAUUGAGAAAUAUGUCAACACCGACGAAAUGGAUGAGCGCGUAAGUCUCGAAGAUAUACGUGGCUUGAUUAAAGAUGCCACCAACUGUGCCGGAUUGACGUAUACCAAUCUGUUUGCAAUGCUAGUUCUCAAAGACUUGAUACCGUUCAUGAAAGUCUUCGUCGAUAACAUUAAAGCAUCGUCGUUGAAACAGCUAACAGAAGAUAACGGAGAUGCGAUUAACGAAGAAUGUGAUAACGACCCUGAAAUUCAGAAUGUACAAGCCACGUUAGACGGUGAAAAACCUAAAGACACCACCAAGAAAUUCAACAUAACCACCACAUCGAUCUACGAUGAGUAUCGUAUGAAUUUCAAUAUAUUCACGUGUAAAGGUCAACUUCAAUUCCAGGGGAUAGGCGAAUUAGAGGGAAACAAAUUGGAAAUGGAUUCCACGUGGAAAAACAUUAUGCGAAAAAGAGCCACUCUAGACGUCGAGUACCGUAUCGAUGCUGAGGCAUUUAAUUCGAUUUGUAAUCGUGUUGGGACGGUCGAACCUGCUGUCGUGGAUUUAUAUGAGAUUAUAUGGAUUCUCAUCAGUACAGUGCGGAAUACUGGUGAAAAAUUACAGACAAAUUGCGUGGCUCACGAUGGGAGUUUUGUAAAAAAAUACGAAUCCAUAAGCAGUGAACUCGGCGAAGAAUUCGCCCAGCUCAUCGAGGAAUUAGAUGAAAACAAAGAUAUCAUUUGGCAAUUGCUAAGAGAUUUCUUCUCACAGUUCGACGAUUCGUCGGAGGAAAUUUCGCAGGGAUCGUCUGAGGAAACGUCGGACGUAGCUUUGUGGGAAUUUUUGGAGCAAUUUUUCGACGAAGCUGGAGGUGAUGACACAAAACAAGAUGACAAUAAUCAUCAUUGUAAUAACAAUCGGCUAGAUGUAAUAGUUCCUCAUACCGACCCGUUUUAUAUACACCGAGCUAAUUUUAAAGACAAAAACAUCACUGCAAUUUCUUUGGACAUACCGUACGAUAGAGAACCAGAAGAAAAAAGCCGUUUUGAGAAUGCAACAAUCCGGAAAUUAUCGUUCAGCACAUCUUUUGAAAAUGACUUUAAAGAUGACGAUUUUGACGGGGACGAAUCCAACAAUAAAGUUUCUGGCACUAAAAAAAACAAAGUUUACUAUUAUUUUAAAGGUACAGUUAAAGUCAGUUUAUCUUAAUAUUUUUAAUUUACAGAUGCUAAUUUAUCAUAACACA